UAUGACUUAACACUUCGUCAUUACACAAAGUGAUUUUCCUUUCUUCAUAAUGAAGCCGCACGUUGAAAGCGUCGAGAUAUCGAGUCCAAUGGACAUCACUGACGGCGAGUACGGCGAAGAGCAACAAACAUGGAGUAUUUCUGUAACUAAUCUACCAAACGAUGUUUUUGAGGAUCAAGAAACAAAGGUAUGUUAAAAGAGAGAUAUCGUAAGCUCUGUGUUUAGCUGUGAAUUAUUAGAGCUCGCUAUCUUAGCGUUUUGUUUUAAAACUGGUCCAUUUCGUCGAAAUACAAUGUUCUUGGGACCAAAACAACUGUGGUAUUCAAGAGAAUAGUUGUCAUCAAGCUCACUUCUCUCUAAUUUAGCUGCCUUUUCAGCCCUGUUUGGUUGGGAAUCCUAAAGCAUACACAAAACAUAUUUAGAUCGCAAAAAAUGAUUGUCAGCUCGGUCGAUUUUUUUAGUUGAGGUGGGGAAUGUUUUGCAUUGUCUAUUAAUAAGCUUAUGAAAACUAGAAAGAUUUCGUUUGUUAAUGAACCGAUUCGGGUUUCGAUUGUUAAAGAGAAUUACGUAAAAUCCAUCGUUCGAGUUCACCAGAGUUCAAAAAUUUUGGAGAGUUAAGAAAAAAUUGAGACUAAUAUUAAUGAUGAUGAACGGACAUGAGAUAAUUAGUGACUGUCACUUUCAAGAAAACAAAUUUGAUCAGAAAAUUCUUCAUGUUAAGUUCUGUUCCAGCAAGUCAUGCUUUGCAUGAGGAAAAGGGACAGGUUGGUUACUUACAAGCAUAGAAAUUAGGGGGGACAGAGCAGGGUGUACAUCAUGCCUCUCUAACUCUGAGCAACAAAUGAAUAUAACAAUCUACAUGAGAUUAGAGGAAUUUUUUUCGGAGUUGUGACCUUGGGAAAGACCCCAAAUCCUCAUCAUAACAGGGGUUUCCAGAACUGUCAUUAAGAGUCAUUAUGUAGAUGACUAAAACCCUCUGUGAGUCUGUCUUCUUCAACCACCUACUUUCACCUCCUUGUACCAUAAUUUCUGAUCACAAAUGGUACAAGUAUUGAAAUACAAUACAAUACAAUACAAUACAAUACAAUCAAAGAAAUUUGUGUAGCAGCCAUUCCCCAGUUUUAAGGGGAAUUAGAUGUGUGAAUGGAUUCCACUUUUAGAAUUUGCAUUAAGGUUGGUACAAACUUUUUGGAAUGCUUGGGACAUUUUAAGCAAAUAGUUCUCAGUAUUGGCUUAGUAAUCUAAUAAUGAAAUGACUUGAGGUCCAGGUUAUCCUGGCUUCCUAAUAUUUCUUAUUUGCAUCCCAGUUACUGGCAGAAAACAGCUGCUUUCAAGGCCUUUUACUUAUUAGAUGUCAUUCAAACCAUUUUUCAAGGCUUAAUGCGCAAUGCCUUUAGAAAGUCGGCUUUGUCAAUGUAGACUUGUAAAAUCUGAAAAAGGAAAAGAGAAUGUUAUUAGAGGUAAAAACAUGGAGUAUUAUAUGAUAUACUUUGUGUUUAACCACACCAACAACUUUUCAUCAGAGAAAAUGAGCAAGUAUUUAUAGUACUGUAUGCAAAUUUCUGUCUUAAUUAAAUUUAAGCCCACAGUCAUACCAUUAUUCAAGUCAUUAAAUUGGUGAAUUGUCAGCAAAUGUACCUGUGAAAAAUUUUUUUCUAAAUGUUUGCGGCUCAGAUGGCUUGUUCAUGUGGUGCCUUCAUGGAAACAGCAAGCCACUGCAAUCUUUUUCUCUUUACAUUGAAGUUAUAGAAACAUCCAUAUACCAGUAUUUCUAACUCAAAUACAACAACUUCUUAUGUUGAUUUAUGCCUGAGCUUAGCUGAAAGUGGAGUUUGCCCUGUGUAAAAUCUGGUAUUGUUAUGCAUUUUUUUCUCAACAGGGUUUCUCUUUAGAAGGCAAUGCCAAAUUCACUUUUCUGUGUGUAAAUAGUCUUUCAUUACUUUUCUUGAUGUAAUUAUUACUCUACAGAAUUUGACAGGUCCUAUUUAGUGCCUAUUAGAAUUAGCACUUAGCAUUUCUUCUUUGCAGGAAGUGUUUGAAAAGUUGUUCUCACCUUAUGGAAGUGAAAGUGACAGAAGCUUCAUCUACUUAAAGACUUUUCAUAGAGCAAGGGUUACAUUUGCCAAUGAAGAGUACGCAAAAGAAGCUAAGAAAUACCUGCAUGGGCAGCAUUUUCUGGGCUAUGAACUCGGCAUCUUCCUUGUUCAGGUGACUAUUUACACAUCAAAGAGUGAUGGACAUGUAGCCCUUCCUUACCAUAUUUUAUGAACAAUUGGAAAUAAAAUACUGAUCCCCACAGAUGAUCUUUCCAGAAGAUAUUGCAGAUGUGUGACCUCAAAGCUCCUUUGGUAGUAGUGAUCAAUUGGUAUUUGGGAGGUAUUGGUUUGAAAUCAGGCUUCUUUUACAGCAAUGUCAUCAACUCAUUCAUCUUUGAGGAUCAGAUCUUAUAGGAAGAAUAUGGUUCAUAGACUGAAUCAACCUAUGAUUUGUAAACACCCUACAGUAGACUCUGAAUACAUUUUUACUUCUCCAAUUUCCUCCUUGGGAUGGAGGGAGAUCGAUUCACAAGUAUAGACCUGUGCUGAUUAAAUUGCAAUAAUCACAUAAGCAUUUUUGAUAGAAGAUGGUGUGGGAAGGAUUAGUGGUAUGAAUGACUUCUUUCGCAAGAGAAUUUCAUUUUCUAUGGCCUUGAUAACAAGAAAAGAAAGUAUGACAAACUAAUCCAGCAUUAAAAUCAUUUUUUAACACACUUUUGUGAAGUUGAUUCAUCAGAUAGUUUUGAUCAUUUAGAUAUUGUGUAUUAUUUUGCAGAGACGGUCCUCCCUUAACAACAACUCUAAUCUUAAACCUCCACCUCAAACAAAGCAGUUCCUGAUUUCCCCUCCUGCAUCACCUCCAGUUGGCUGGGAACAGACUCUUGAGUCUCACCCAGUGAUCAACUAUGAUCUGCUGGCUGCCGUAGCCACUUUAGACACUUCACAACCUUGCCAGCUACACAAGUCUGUUGAAGAUGCACCCAGCAUUGUGGUACACCUGUGUGAUGAAGGAGAUGUCCAAGAUGGUAUGAAUGAUGAAGGAACUAAGUUCCACCCAUUGAAAGCAUUGCCAAGGGAAGUUGUGCAAACAAGAAGACCAGAAAGAAAAUUGUAAAGAAUAUAAAGGAGGGGUUUAUAUUUUAAAAUAUAUUAAGAGUACUUAUACAGCUUCUUAUACAGCUUCUUAUACAGCUUCUUUGUUUUUAUCAUUGUGAUCUAAGUGACCAUUCUCUUUCACCUGAAACAUGCAAACUAAGGUGUAGUAUUAACUUUAUUUCAGUUCAGAAAACAUACUGACAAGUAAUGCCGUAUUGGUAGAGAUACAUCUUUUCAUUUGUGCUCAAAGUUCUGACUUGAGCACAAGGUGAAGGUGAUGAACAAGAAAAUAAAUUAGUUUAAAAUUUUAUUACCGUAUUUAUUUUAUUUACCGAAACUUCAGUCAAUCAUGUUGAUUAGUUGAAAAGAGAUAACUUAUUUAAAAACAGUAAGCACAAAAAGUCUUGUGGGUCAUUUAACUUGCAUCUUUUGCAGUUUUUGUGCAAAUCCUUAAUGGGUUCAGUUUACUUCUUUAAAUCUCAAGCCAAAAUGAGUAGCUAAUUAUUGUUAUCAAGCAGCUGCUGAUAAUUAUGGUUAUGAUAGUUAUGGUAAUGAUCCAAGACUCUGAGUGACUUUUUUGAUAAGUGGCUGCUAAUUGAAAGGCAUCAGAAGUAUUGCAGUAAGUUAAGUAAUUUUUCUUGGAUUCCUAGUUGUCUUUCACUAAAGAAUAGUCUAGGUUGGAUGGUUCAAGACGUUUUGCCAUAUUUUUGCAUCUCAGAUUUUGAGUGCCUCUGAAAAUUUUCUUAAAGUAAGCCUGUUAUCCUUUCUGAUACCUGGUAAAAAUGUAUACCAAUGGUAUAUAGAAUGUGAUCUGUUUGUGAUCAUUACCGGUACUUUAUUUGAUUAAAUUUUUUGCGAUCAUGCAGCUAAGCAUCA